AUGGCAGAAACCGCGAGCAACGCCGACUCGAGCCAACAAAAACUGAGCGCACCCAAGGAUAAGAACUGUCCCUACUGCGGCCAGGCCUUCACCUCCUCCUCUCUCGGUCGACACCUCGAUCUCUACAUCAAGGAAAAGAACCCCAAGCCUCCAGAUGGAAUCCACGACGUCGACGCAAUCAGGCGUCUGCGGGGGAGUAUCACGCGGAGACAGCCUAGGGGAUCGUUGGGCACGAGGAAUGCCUCGACCCCGGCCAGCACGCCGAGGCCUGCCCAGUCGAAGCGGGACGCUACUCAAGAUGCUGAAUCACACCAGUCUCCAGCCCUGCCCAAGGACGGUCAAUAUGCUGUAGACUCGACGCUCAGCAAGUACCCAUGGACCCCUUCUUGGGAAGCCACGGGUGUCAUCAACAAUAUCCCCCCCAAAAAUGGCGAUGUUGCUACCUCUACCGAUGGAGAGGGGAGCCAGAACGCAGGAAAGAGGCCGAGGCAAGUGAGCAAGCAAGUGAUGCAAAAGGCACAGUUCGAUGUGAAACACAAGCUUGCCGAUGCCAUGGACACCGCCCGCGCGGCGGAGCUCGCAUUAAGAGAGCUCUUGAGCUCUUGGAGAGCAGCCAAGCAACACAUCGACAACAAUUCUAUGCCUUUUGAUUUUGACCCUCUCGCCCUCGACUUCCCUGCAUUGACGUUGCAAUGCCUUGCCUCGCCGCCUACUCUCUUCUCUUCCACGCAACAUCCCACCUCCACCUCUUGGUCCGUCCAAUCACCUGGCCAAAGAGAAUACGACGCGCUGAGGGCCUUCUUCCAAGAAGAGUUCAGCAAUUGGAAGAUCACCUGCGCUACUGCUACUACGGCGGCAAUGGAAGAGCUGACAUAUCCUCCCCGCGAGGGUCCGGUCCGAGACACUCGCGAGGCCGUGAAGAAAGCUGAAAAGUCGGCGGAAAACCUGGAGAAGCAGGUAAACGAGCACUUGCAAUCAGCCUUUGCCGUUUGGACCUCUCUGCCUAUUCAGCGACGGAACGAGCUAUGGCUAUUGGAGAUGGCAAGAAGCGUGGGCAGGAAACAAACCGAGAUCGACAAGAUGAAGGACGACCAGCACAAACUGCAGCAGGAGAACGCCAACUUGAAAUCUCAGAUUGAUCAGUUGAAUCGCUUGCAACAGCCGCGGGAGUUCAAACUGUUCUCCCCAGCCACAGUUCCCCUAGAGCGGCAGCUCCUGACCCAUGUUUUAGAGGCAGGGAUCAAGGGCAGUGGCCGUGGCGUCGGCUUGCGGCUGGAGGAUCGACAACUGGACCUCAAUGAUGUUGUUGUGAGGGCAAUCGAACGGUGGAAGACGGUCAUCAGCAUGAACCCCACCCUCGAGGUGCCGCGAACGAGGCAGGUGCAGCAGAGGGGUGCGAGUGAUGCACGGUUCAUGAUGCAGAACAGUAAUCCGAAUGCGAAUCGGGGUGGAAUCAACAUGAGCCGGUCAAUGCCGAACAUGCAGGCGACGAUGCAGGGCAUGCAUGGUGGCGACAUGGGAAUGGCCAUGUCCCAGGUGAGAGGCGAUCCAAUGUACAUGGAUUGA